AUGGCGCCUGUACCUCCCAAGAUGAAGGCCGUUCAGAUUGACAAGAACGGCGGCACUGAAGUCCUUGAGUUCAACGAUGUUGCUGUUCCUAAAGCUGGCGAGGGCCAGAUCCUCGUCAAGAAUCAGAUUGCGGGCUUGAACUAUAUCGAUACGUACUUCCGAAGUGGUCUCUACAAGGCGCCCCAGUUUCCCCUUACGCUAGGUCGUGAAGCUGCUGGUACUGUCGUUGACGCUCACUCUUCUGUCAAGGGAUUUGAGAACGGUACGCGCGUGGUCUUCAUGGGAACCGUGGGCGCAUACGCUGAGUACAGUGUCGUCAACGCUUCUGAUGCUGUCAAAAUCCCUGACGAGGUUCCCACUGACCAAGCUGUCGCUGCUUACCUCCAAGGUCUCACAGCAUGGACCUUCAUUCGUGAAGCUGGUCAGGUCAAGGCUGGUCAAUGGGUUCUUGUUCACGCUGCCUCUGGAGGUGUAGGCACUCUACUUGUUCAACUGCUCCGAAUUGUCGGUGCCAAGGUUAUUGGUACUGCGAGUUCAGAGGAGAAGCUUGCGCUUGCGAAGAAGAAUGGUGCGGAGUGGGUUAUCAACUCUCAUGAUGACGUUGUUGCAAAGGUUAAGGAGAUCACUGGUGGUCAUGGUGCGGAUGUUAUCUUUGAUGGUGUGGGCAAGGUUACCUUCGACGGGGAUCUUGAGAUGAUUGCUGCCAAGGGUAGCCUCAUCUCUUUCGGCAACGCUUCCGGCGCCGUGGACCCCGUGAGCCUCUUCCGACUUACACCGAAGUGUGUCCGCUUGAUGCGCCCCGUAGUCAACGGCUACGUCUCCGAGCGAGCUGAUCUCGAAAAGUACACAUCCGAGCUCUUCGAUCUCAUCAAGGCCAAGAAGCUCGAACUCACCAUUCACAAAGUGUACCCUCUCAAGGACGUGGCACAGGCACACCAGGACAUUGAGAGCCGAAAGACGAUUGGAAAGUUGCUCAUUAAAAUCGAUUAA